CCCAGACGCCCGCACAGGGGCAUUUGUGCUUUCUGCACGCGAAACCGACACCCAUCUACACGUCACAAUACAUAACAGCACAUUUCGAGGUUUCAGGGCGCCACGUUCAGUCUUGGAAUUGCAUGGAUCUUACCAAGCUGCCAGUCGACUUGUUCUGUCUCAUUGCACAUUUGAGAACAGCUCGUAUGGGGAGAGCUUCCUGAAAACUGCCUUUCUACAGACAUGUGUAGAUGGCAGUAGUCUGCGGUUCAAUAAUGGAUUGAACAUAAACACAGCUGGGUUCAUCAUUGAACACCGUAUGACAUUGGUGAAUCGUCUUAUCGGGAUAUUCGACUCUAGAUUUGAGUACAACGAAAGACCUGAUGCCCGUUUUGCCACCGGGGCAGAUGUUGUCGUACGGCCAUUUCUGUCUAAGCUGGCUAACAGAAGUUUCCUCAUCAUCGACUCUGCUGUGUUCCUCCACUCAAGGCACGCUGGGCAGCCAUUUCUGCAGUUGUUCUGGAGUAAGGCGUACUUGCGCAACAACUCCUUCAUACAACACAAUUGUGGAUUGGCGGAUAUGGCAUUGGCUAGCAGUAUUGUUACCAUCGAUGGCACGCAUCGGUCUCCAUGCGUCUGGAGCUUUAACGAUCGGUUCAAGUUAGACAAGUCCCAGGUCAUCGUAACCCAGCUUCAUCACCUGCUCUUGAAUGAGAUUCCAACUCAUCACCCCGUCUUUGACUCUGGGUUCAGUGUACAUGGUGGUACCAAGGGGAAAGUCGUCAAAGAUCUCUCAUUCGGGGUGAUUGUUGCAGAUAUCUUCCAGCGCUAUGGAGCCUGUGCCCUGGAAGGCCGUGGGAGGUCCAAUGCAGAUAUCGGUGAAUACAUGUACAGCCAUAGGCCGCAGAAAGGCAGUGACGGCCUACCACGCAUAUGCUCAAUUCAAGUUGAUAUGGCUUUGCAGUUCACAUGUGUUAACCCGACGCUUGAGCGUGAAACCUUCUUCUCUAAGCCUACAGACUGUGACAUGUACGGUAUGAAGAGGUUGUUAGCAUGUUCAGCAGAGCAUUUCAAUAUCACAAGGAGCCUGCUAUGUGCGAAUGAUCAAAGUCAGGCCCUGAUUGUCAAGGAAUUCAAUCAGCUGGCGGUGUUGUCAAAGGGACUGCCUACAUGGAUCCUAUUUCAAGAGUCGAGUACGGAAUGCUUGAAGAGACUGGAUGGCGACACAUGGCUGUAUGCCAAUACUAAUUGCAAUCGCAUGGCUAUCACCAGCAAAGUCCUGGAAUAUAGAAAAAAAACUUCACGGCUACUCCACCGUGAUUAUGCCCUGAAUACCCUGGUUGAUGUGGUGAGAGCACGUAAUGACUCCAUCAGUAAUGUUCUCCUAGGCCAAGAGCACUGGUAUCUGCCAUGGGUGCAUGCUGCCGCUGUUGGCUGGAACGAGGGUGGUUGGGAUACGCCACUUCUGAGAUACGCCGGUAAACAAGGCCCGUCGCAAUCAAGCAUAUCGCAACUCAUUCUCUACCCAUCGCCGGGGGAAGUUAUCACUCUCAACAUCGAUACCCGAGAUAGUUUGAUGAACAUUCUUCCCUGCAGCCUCUCUCUAACUGUGGCGGAAGACAAUAGGCGACAAGCUUCGGUUACUCUCUUGCGAUACGAGGGCGAUGCAUCAUCCCUUGGUUUCGAGCCUGUGGACAGCGUUGAGUUUCUAUCAAGAGACGGCCUCACUGGAAUUGCUUUAGGCGGGCAGCCAGGUGCUGUAGGUUGGCUGUUCCUGAGCAUUAAAGGCAGGAACAGCGCCAGAGUUGAGCUUCCGCAGACAAGAUUCGAGCUGGAGAUCCCGUUCAAGAUUCGCCCAUGCCAUAAGGGUUUCCAUGGCCCUGUCGAAAAGGAAUACGGAACAAUGUUCGGCAAGAAGACGUUCUGGACAUGCGAAUGCAGUAAAUUACAAUUUCCCGGUAUCCGCAACUGCACACAAGGCCGCCAUUUGAACAUCCGAUCUGGAUAUUGGGCUGGCAACCCACUCGACGACCCAGAAUUGCAAGGAGAGCGAAAUCUUUCAGACAUGGUGACCUGGGAGAUGAACGAGUCGCUUCAAUUCAAUGACUCUAACAUGUUCACGAAGUACAUAGAUUACCCGUUCGAGAUAGCGCAGUGCAAGAAUGGGCUGUGCUUUAAUCGCGACUGGAAGUAUGGCGAAGGUCAAUCCUGUCCAGGAUAUUCGUCCGGUCCACUGUGCGGUCGUUGCUUGCAGGGAUACUGGCAGACUCUCGCCACUCAGAAAUGCCAACAUUGCUCGCUCUCCUCUCGUCGAAUACCCUUACACUGGUAUGUGGUCACAACGAUUGCUUUGACAGUAGCCAGCUUCCUCCUAAUGUUACGAUUCAACUUCGGUAUUUCCCCAGUACUGGAUAGCUGGCUGUUCCUUAUUCAGGCCUGCUGGUACGUGUUCCCCAAAGACAAAUCACCAAUCCAUGCCGCGAUUCACUCAAUACUGACAUUUGGCCUGGGCAAUCUUUGCUUCGUAGAGCCCCUGGACAGACUGGACAGCGGACAACUCCUUCUGUUGCAACCAAUGACGCUACUCUUCCUCUUCAUGACGGUGAGGGUACUGAGGUCAUACAACGUCACCGGAAAGUACAUUCAACGCCUGCAAAGUCACAUGCUGCUCGUACGCGUCAUGUGGUUCGUGCUGGUGUACAGCUAUUUCGUGUUGGUCUUCACCAGCAUGAAUACCCUGUGGUGCACACGCCUGAGCCACAGAGGACAAGUUCUGGCAGUGGAUGGCGCCAUCAAGUGUUACAAUGGCAAACACAUGCUGCACACCAUCCUUGCAGGGCUGAUUAUCCUCUUGGUCCUAAUUCCAACGCCACUAAUCCUCGCCAUUCCGCAGUGCCAGCGCAGCAUCCACCUGAAGGGAUUCAUUGACGAGGCCAGUAGUCUCUACAAGGAUGAUCGCCGCUGGUGGGCCUCUGUGAACUUACUGAGAAGAGUUGCAGUAGCAAUCAUCAGCGUGAUGAUGACUGGAAGCGAGAAAAGUCGAAUAAUGGCUCUCACCGCAUUUUUCUGGUGCUAUUGCGCAUUUCACACCCAAUGCCGGCCCUUUCGGAGCCACAACCUCGCCGGAGUAUCGGCCAACACUUGGGAGAGCAUGUUUCUCUUCGGCCUUUCGCUUAUUGCAAGCCUCGAGUCACACGCAUUCGACGAGGACGAAGGCCGGCACCGUGCAAUGCACACCGCGGCAUUGACCUUACUGGGUUCCAUGAAUGCUCUCCUGCUCGUGGCAUGCUUAGCCAAACAAUGCUGUUCCAGGCACGGUGGUUAUGGUCUGCUCAAGGACCUGUCGUUAGCAGUAUGGUGGCGCAGAAGGCAGAAUUCCCGGAACAGCGAGACAGAAGUGGAGCUGACAGAGUCUACACUUGACGUCAUGGCUCGCAACAUGAGGGAGCCACUAAUGAUCGAGCAAAUCAGGGAUGCGCAUAGCAGAGGAAGUGACCAUUCCUCACAAAAAUCUUGCAUCAUCCUCUGACGACCUACUGAUCCGGGACUUAUGUCAAUACCCGGUACUAGAACAUGUUGGUAUUCAGCUGUUGUCCCUUAUGUUGACGUUGUUGUUGUUGUUGUUGUUGUUGUUGUUGUUGUUGUUGUUGUUGUUGUUGUUG